ACCAAAAUGGCAAAUACAAUUUCAUUACUCUUUGACUACUUGUCAGCUGCUUCAAAAGCUCUCCCUAUAUGAACUCCUAGAUUCUUUUCUUGCAAUUUUUCCAUUCCUAAACAGUGCUCCAGAUUUCUUUCUUAAGGGAACCCUCUAAGUUUCAAUCUCCACGAUUUCCUCUAGCUAUUUCUCCAACUUCCUUUCCUAAUAUGGAAGACUUCAGAGCUGGAAAUAUUGGUGGUUCAUCUGCUUCGGAUCCUGGUCAUGAGGAUGACUCAAAAGCAGCAGAAGAUUUAUCAUUUGAAGCAAUACAGUAUGAGUUUUUUGGAAAGAGUGCAAUAGAGGACGAACUGAAAGACUCAGAGGAUGAAAUGGAUGAUGAUCCAUUUGAGGGGUCUCAAUAUGAGACAUUCCCAUCAUCUGAAAAUCACAAGGGUAAAGGCGAGUGUUCAUACAAAGUUGAUGAUCUCGCAACUGCUUUUACAAAGCUAAACAGGAUUUGCGAACCAAGCCUAGGCUUCACCAGCGUCGAAAGUCUCCCUUCAGUUAGUCCAGUAAUGCCACAACCAUACAGAAGAUGGAGUGGUACUAUAAAAUGGUUUAGCAAUGAAAGGAGCUAUGGUUUCAUAAGGCCAAUCAAUGGUGGUGAAGACAUAUUUGUCCACUACUCUUCUGUGAAGUCUGAUGGCUACAUACGUAUACGGGCUGGCACUCUGGUCGAAUUCGACGUUGUGGGCGGGCAUUGGCGUGAAAAAAGAUUGAAAGCAAUCAACGUGACUGGUCCUGGUGGAACUUUGCUUCAAGACAGUAGGAGAAGAGCCAUUAAUAUUGCAACUGGCAGUGGCAGCGGGAGUACUACUGGUAGCAAUGCUGAAACUCGUCCUUGUCUUGGGCCAUGCUAUAGGUGCGGCGAGAUGGGUCAUAUAGCAAAGUACUGCUUCCUUGGUAGAAAGAAUGACACUGCUGCUGCAUGGCCAGGGUUUGGACAGAAAACAUGGAUUGGCGUUGCUUGGUGCCAUUUCUGUGGCCAGCUUGGUCAUUUGGCAAGUAAUUGUCUCACUGUUAGUCCUAGGAAGUGAGUUAUGGAGGCUAUAGCUCACUAGCAUUUUCAAGUUUGAAUAAAUG